AUGUCAACAACUUCUGCCAAUACUACUUUGAUACCAUGGCACGACUGCCGUAGCCUAUCUCCUCAAUGUCCUGUCGCAAGCUCGACUUAUGGCUACGCACCAUCUUUUGGAGGCAAUACCUACUUCAUUGCCCUCUUCUCAGCCUGCGGUAUCACACAGGUCUCUUGCGGAUUUCGAUACAAGACGUGGGCAUAUCAACUUGCCAUGGUGCUCGCUUGCAUUGACCAGGCCAUUGGCUAUGCUGGUCGCCUCAUGUUGCACAACAAUGCUUUCGAUCGAAGUGGGUUCCAGAUACAAAUAAUUUGCUUGGUCUUGGGUCCGGCAUUCAACAGCGCCGCACUAUAUCUGGUACUCAAGCAUAUCGUGCUGACUUUUGGACCAGAGGCCAGCAAGAUUAGACCGGAUUGGUACACAUGGAUCUUCAUCACCGGAGAUCUGAUUUCACUGAUCAUACAAGCUCUUGAUGGAUCCUUCUCUGCCACUGCGGGUGGUGACCGCCACCGCCAGGACCUCGCCGAGAGUUUUGUGAUCGCAGGGGUUUCAUUCCAAGUUGUUACACUCUUCUUCUUUGCUGUCGCAACUGUCUGGUAUGCGCAUCGUCGGCGUUGUACCAAGUAUAUGGUGCUGUCAACCGAGGCUCAGAUGUUCUUGAAGGAUUCAAAGUUUCGGAUGUUUAUCUUUGGCUUUGUUGCGGCCUUUGUCUUCAUCUUCAUCCGAUGUGUUUUUCGCAUUUUUGAGAUGGCUGGCGGCUGGAGGAACGAGAUAAUGCGAAAUGAAGUGGCCUUUAUGGUUCUAGACUGGUGCAUGAUCUGCGUUGCAACCGUGAUCCAGACCGUAUUACAUCCUGGCUAUUGCUUUCCAAGGCUGAACAGUGGCUAUGUUGUUCCAACGAAUAGCAAUCACCAUGUUGAACGGAACUUAGCUUUUGAAGUAUCGGACGCCACUGAGCCCAAGUAA